UGCCGUCUGGCUUGUGACUGAUGUUAUUCUCGUUUCUUCAAGUAACUGUGAACAUAUGCCAUUAACUUGACUCGUAUACUUACUGGUUCCAUUGCUAUCCUCUUACCUUAUACACUCACGAUGUCAACCACAAAGCUGGAACUCCGAACGGCCCUCGGCCGAGUCUACCGUGAUGUCCUGCCCAAUCCGCCACGCACAUGUACGCCGGAGGAAAUCCCAGUAAUCGACUUGUCACCACUGUUCUUAGAUGAUUUAUCCCAACGCAACGAAGUGGCAGCUCAAAUCAGGUCGGCGGCCGUCAAUACGGGCUUCUUCUACAUUAAGAACCAUGGGGUGCCCGCCGAGAAGAUCGCCAAGUGCAAACAGCAAGUGCUCAACUUCAUGAAGCAGCCGGUGGAGAAGAAGGACCUGAUAUCAUCCAAGAAGCACAGCAAAUUCUAUAACGGCUACAUUGGACCCAAAAGCACAAACAUCUCGCCGACUGAAAGUGUCGAUGUGAAGGAGUCCUUCUCCUUCCGGUACCGCCCUGAGGUCGACCCAGAUCAUCCCAUGGAUAUCUCUCAGAUCCCAGAGGAUGUGAGACCUUGGAUUCGGGGUGAGGAGUUUGUGUGGGAAGGCACAAGUCAUCUUCCUGAAUUCAAGGAGGACCUGAUAGCGUACUGGGGAGCUAUGUUGACCCUGGCCAGGAGACUGGUGAAGAGUUUCGCCUUAUCGCUGGGCCUGGAGGAGAAUUAUUGGGAUGAUAAAGUGACCCACCCUGGCGCUGAUUCGGUCUUCAACUACUACCGACCACGAACGGACGAAGAGACAGCAAAGAAGUUUGUGAGCCUAGGUAGUCACACGGAUUUGCAGCUUUUUACCCUUCUGUGGCAAGACAAUAUCGGCGGCUUACAAGUUCUCACCAAGGAAGGACAAUGGAUUAAGGCGCCCCCAAUUGAGGGGACAAUUGUUGUCAACAUUGGCGAUUACAUGAUGCGUCUCUGUAAUGAUAUCUACAAGUCAACCGUCCACAGGGUUGCAAACGAGUCGAAGCUUGAGCGCGUGUCGAUGCCCUUCUUCUUUGGCCUCAACUUUAACUGCGUUGAAAGUGUAGUUCCGUCUUGCGUCACGGAGACCAACCCCGCGAAGUAUGGUCCGAUAUCUUGCGGUGAUUGGUGUCAAAUGCGGUUCGAGUUGGAGAGGAAGGAAUUUGAGAAGAAGCACGCCACAGCAACCUCACUUGCCCCGAGUGCAGUAGUGGUGGCAGGUUAAGUUUGGUAAGAGAAAUGCAGUCACGUCUGCCCAUACGUCGUAUGACGACUGGAGCGAGCCUUGAGUUUCCGAGGGAGCCCUGUCUUUAUAUAUGUACGAUUGAGAUCGUUCCGUGUUGGCCUUGAAGGCUAUUUGGAGCACUGCCCCGGGGGGGGGGGGGGGGGGGG